GGGCCUGCUUUUUCUGUUUCCGGCGCGGUCUUCUCUUCCCUGCCUCCCGAACACAGCUUUCUCGUUCUCUCGAUUUGCGAACUCUCUCCUUCUCCUAGGGUUUUGUUCGAUCUUCUCUCGGCCUCUUCAUUUGAAUCUCCACCGAAGGAUCUGAACAAUGGUGAGAGGAUUACUGAACAAACUCGCAUCUCGCUCUCUCUCCGUCGCCGGAAAAUGGCAGCAGCAGCAACUCCGCCGCCUCAAUAUCCACGAAUAUCAGGGAGCUGAGUUGAUGGGCAAAUAUGGAAUCAAUGUUCCCAAGGGCGUAGCCGUUUCUUCAGUUGAAGAAGUCAGGAAGGCGGUUCAGGAUGUAUUUCCCAACCAAAGUGAGUUGGUGGUCAAAAGUCAGAUCCUUGCUGGUGGUCGAGGGUUGGGAACUUUCAAAAGUGGUCUUAAGGGUGGUGUCCACAUAGUUAAGGCCAAUGAGGUUGAAGACAUAGCUGGAAAGAUGCUUGGGCAGAUUCUUGUUACUAAACAAACUGGGCCUCAGGGAAAAAUUGUCAGCAAGGUUUAUUUGUGCGAGAAGUUGUCACUUGUAAAUGAGAUGUACUUUGCUAUCACUCUUGACCGCAAAACUGCUGGCCCUCUUAUAAUUGCUUGUCAGAAGGGAGGAACUAGUAUUGAAGAUCUUGCUGAGAAGUUCCCUGAUAUGAUCAUAAAGGUACCUAUUGAUGUUUUCAAGGGGAUUACAGAUGAAGAUGCUGCCAAGGUGGUAGAUGGAUUGGCCCCCAAGGUGGCUGACAGAAAUGCAGCAAUGGAACAAGUGAAGAAAUUAUACAAACUUUUCUGUGAAUGUGACUGCACGCAGUUGGAAAUCAACCCAAUUGCAGAAACUGCUGACAAUCAGUUGGUAGCUGCUGAUGCAAAGUUGAAUUUUGAUGAUAAUGCUGCUUACCGUCAAAAGGAGAUAUUUACUCUUCGUGAUCCUACACAAGAGGAUCCUCGUGAGGUUGCUGCCGCAAAAGCAGAUCUGAAUUAUAUUGGUCUUGAUGGAGAAAUUGGUUGCAUGGUGAAUGGUGCUGGGUUGGCCAUGGCUACAAUGGAUAUAAUCAAGUUGCAUGGGGGAACGCCUGCCAACUUUCUAGAUGUUGGUGGGAAUGCGUCUGAAAGCCAGGUUGUUGAGGCUUUCAAAAUUUUGACAUCUGAUGAGAAGGUGAAAGCAAUCAUGGUGAACAUAUUUGGAGGAAUAAUGAAAUGUGAUGUAAUAGCAAGUGGAAUUGUCAAUGCUGCUAGACAGGUUCAACUCAAAGUACCGGUUGUUGUUCGUCUUGAAGGUACAAAUGUCGACCAAGGGAAAAGCAUUCUUAAGGAAAGUGGAAUAGCUCUAGUUACAGCAGAGGAUCUAGAUGAUGCGGCUGAGAAGGCUGUCAAAUCAGCUUACAAGUGAGCCCAUCGAAUGAUCGUUCUUAUGUAGAAUUUAUUUAGCUCCAACUUGAUUAAUCUUAAUCUUCUUCUGCGCAUUGCAUUUGGCAUUUUGUGGUGUACACAAGGCUGUGCUUGCAGCUAAAUUUGGAAUUUUAUAUGAAAAAAGUGGUGAUGGGAUGGGGGGGCGGGGAGG